GACGACCUGCUUCCAUGAGAGACAUGGGAGGGAAGGAGAAGAAGAUGUUAGUUAUUGCCAACAUACCGAAACAUACAGGAUCAGACAAAAAACCUCCGUGUGUGGAAGGUCGCAGUGACUUGACCCCCGCCCGGAAACGACAGGCGUCGGAUCCCCAGCCGCUUCGCCCCACCUCGCCAGGCGGGGACAAGAUGGAGGGGCUGAAGGGGAUACGUAACCGCAGCAACAGCCUCCGGCUGGGUCGCUUGGCGUUCUACCGCCACCUGGAGAAGGUGGAGACCAUGCGCAGCUUCUGGGAGCUCAAACACAUGGAGCUGAAGGGAGACUGUCCUGAGGUGAAAGACCUCAGAGGAAAGGAUGGGAAGGACAAGUCCAACCUUAACACAAAGGGCAUUAAGACCCAGAAGAAGAGGAGUCCCCCAGACUCAACAGACUCCGCCCCCCUCAGGGACUCCGCCCCCCUCAGGGAGGCCUUGCUACAGGAUCAGGUGGAGAAACUGAACAGGGAGAACACAGAGCGUUCCCAUGGCGACCCGGAGGCUGAGGGGGUUGGUGUGGACGGAGGAGGUGGAGGAAGGGCGGAGUUACUAGGGUUGAUCCUGGGUGAACAGCACGUCCCAGCGGUCCCUUCUUUAGCGGGGGAAGAGGAGGGGUGGAGCAGCCCGGGUGAGCAGGAGGAGGAGAAGGAGCAGGAGGAGGAGGAGGAGGGAGACGUUUUCAGGGACUCUGAGUCGGAGGUGGAGGAGGAGAAAGAGGAGGGAGAGCUAAAGGUGAAGGAGCCUCCGGGAGAGGAGGAGGAGGAGGAGGAGAAGCGGAGAGGAGGAGAGGGCGAGGAGGAGGAGACAUCAGAACAGCAGGUGCUUCGGCCUGCUGUCGACAUUCCCACACAGAAUCCUGAGAGCAGUCUCCCGUCACUGGAGAGCUCUGAGGUGGCGGCCAGCAGUAAACGACGAGUCACAGAGGAGGAGGUGGUCAAGGAUGACCUGAAGAAGAGCCGGGUGGAGGAGAAGGAGGUGGAGGAGAAGGGAGUGGAGGAGGAGGAGGGAGGACGAGUACCUGAGGAGGAAGAGCCGGACACUGCCCAAUCACACUCCCUGGAGUCGGAGGAGGUGGAUGGAGAGUCGAGCGUGAAAGAGUACAUGAUCGACUCCAGCCCUCCACCUUCUGCCCCUUUCGAACACCGCAUUGUGGUACCCAAACCUCACCAGAUAGCCACCUUCUACAGCAUCAACAGAGAGGAGGUCUUAGGAGGGGGACGUUUUGGACAGGUUCACAAGUGUGUGGAGAACUCGUCAGGUCUGACGCUGGCUGCCAAGAUUAUCAAAGCCAGAAGCCUGAAGGAGAAGGAGGUGGUUAAGAACGAGAUCCAGGUGAUGAACCAGCUUAACCACGCCAACCUGAUCCAGCUGUACGCUGCCUUCGAAUCUCGCCACGACAUCAUCCUCGUCAUGGAAUACGUGGACGGUGGGGAGCUGUUCGACCGCAUCAUCGACGAGAACUACAACCUGACGGAGCUGGACACCGUGCUGUUCAUCCGUCAGAUCAGCGAGGGCCUGCAGUACAUGCACAAGAUGUACAUCCUCCAUCUUGACCUUAAGCCGGAGAACAUUCUGUGUGUCAGCCGAGUCACAAACAAGAUCAAGAUCAUCGACUUUGGUCUGGCCAGGAGGUACAAGCCCAGGGAGAAGCUGAGGGUGAACUUUGGGACACCUGAGUUCCUGGCUCCAGAGGUCAUCAACUACGAGUUUGUUUCAUUCCCAACUGAUAUGUGGAGCCUGGGGGUCAUCACUUACAUGCUCCUUAGCGGCCUAUCCCCGUUCCUGGGCGACGAUGAUAAUGAAACGCUGAACAACAUCCUGGCGUGCCAGUGGAACUUCGAGGAGGAAGAGUUUACAGAGAUCUCAGAGGAGGCCAAAGACUUCAUCACUCGUCUGCUGGUCAAGAGCAAAAGCUGGAGGAUGAGCGCAGCAGAGUCUCUCCGACACCCAUGGCUGUCAGACCACAGUCUCCACUACCGCCUGCAUCAAAAAAAAAACAAGUGCCACUCCACACACGCCCCUCCUCCAGAGAGCUAGAAUGAUCCCCUAGACCCGACGGGUUCUUCGUGAGAACACAGGGCUGCGGAGCCCGAAACUGGACCAACUCUGCCGUUGCUGCACGGCUACCGGAUGACUACUCUCUGCCUCGCAUCCACGCAUUAGCUUAGCACCGCGGCUCGCUAGCUCCAGCGCCGGCUUCGUCGCCAUGGAGGUCACCUCUGACCUUUCUUCACCUAGUGUUGUGAGCGAUAGUGUACUUCGUGAUAGUGAGUACGAAGGUGGUCAGAUUCUACUGACAUGCUGAACACUGUCUCACAACAACAAAAUAGGCAAAUAGCAAAAAUAGGAUCAGCGUUACUGGCAACUAAAGCGAAUCUCGAGAAAUAAUAUGUCACGUCACACAAAACCGCACAGGUAUUCAGAAAUCCUGUUUGUUGUAUGGAUUCUUAGUUGUAGGCUACUAGUUUGACAUUUUUGGAUCAGUUUCACAGAUGAACAUGAAUGAAGCUGCAUGCUAUGCACUUUAUAAUAGAUCACUAAUCAAGCAUAGGCAACUGAAGGUCUAAAGCUGCUUUUUAAACAAGAAUAUUUACUGCGAAUAUAUGUUCUGAUAGAACUGCUUUGCGGAUCGUAGAUUGAUAGGCUACAUUUGUGACAACACGUCUUAUACUCUUUACAGUUGUCUGGUAUAAGCGCAGCUUGUCUAUCGGUUAAUAGUUUGAACUGCUGUUUAUUUUACAUUUAACACAAUGCUACAUUUCCCCAUUUCCAUCAUAAAUAUAUUUUUACAAGAAUCAGUAGCCUACAUUAUCGUUUUACAGGCUAGAAACGAGGCCAAACACAACGAGCCAUAGCGUACGCUCCACUGUGCGUUUUUAGAUGCAGUAAAUGAUAGGCCUACGCCACGACUCUUCAGUUUUCCCUAGUAAUAAAAAUAAACAGUUGUUGAAUGUCACCCUCUUGCGCCUGCCCAGUGCCUACUGCUAACCGCGUGAGCCGCGGUUAACGUUACCGUUAAAAGCUUGUGUAGCCCACGCGCCUGCAUGCUGUUCGCUUGCUCUUGCAAUUUGGAGUAGCCCUCUCACCUUCCAUGAAGGCGUAACGACAUACAAAACACUACCUAUGAUUCAAUGUUUAUCACCGAUGUGUUAGUUCUUAUGUUCAGGGAUGAUCCUAGUUCAUUGCCGGAUUUUACUUGAAAUGCAAGGCUUUACAAACUGUAAGAAAAGGGUAUAUCUCAGAAAACUACUUGUUACACCAUCGCAUAGCUGGUUACAUUAUGUACUGUCAGUUGGUCACCUGUGGCCACUUAUUGAUUCUCACUAUACCCUUUGACAAUGGAAAAGCUUAGUCAUUUUGACUUAUUUAAAUUGUUGAUUUUUUUUUUGUGAUUUAAUUUUUCAAGUUGUCAUUUAUCAAUGAAAAGAAAAUGUUAGAAAAAAAAAUAAACCUAG